AUGUGCAAAUUUAGUUCCCUUUUCCUCGUAGAAACAACGCAAAUAGCCAAUUAUAAAGAGAGAAAGAGGAGCCACGACUCCCUACAGGAGGGAGGGGGCAUUUCUUGUAGGAGGCUCAGACACAGUUAUCCCUUUGGAGAUUCUAAUAUACAUGUACAUAUAGUUGUAUAUAUAUUUAUACAGAUAUCCACAUCGAUAUACCUGUAUGUAUAUAUAUAUAUAUAUAUAUGUGUGUGUGUGUGUAUAUGUAUAUAG